UUCAGAAACUCGUCUCCGUCAAAUUUCCCUUUCCCUGUAGCUCUUCACACUACCAGGGCACCUGGGCUGACAGCCUGCCCCACAAUGGAGCCCCAUAAGCAAGCCGUCUUCAAAAUUUCGGCCGCUGUUAAGGGUUUCUUCGAACGCAAAGAACCCUACCGCAUCUUCCAUGGCUCGACAAAUAGCACCCGGCCUUUCCGCCGGGACCGCUUCGUCGAUAUCAGCGCUCUUGGCAAUGUCAUCGAGGUGAACAAGGCUCGCCGUAUUGCCCUCGUCGAACCCAAUGUCCCGAUGGACCGCCUGGUCGAGUCCACUCUCCGCCAGGGGCUUAUCCCGCCGGUGGUCAUGGAGUUCCCGGGUAUCACGGCUGGUGGUGGCUACGCCGGAACCGCGGGAGAGAGCUCCAGCUUCCGUCAUGGCUUCUUCGACGACACCAUUAACGAGGUUGAGAUGGUCCUCGCCAACGGCGACAUCGUGACCGCCCGUCCUGAGGGCCCGAGGGCCGACCUCUUCCGCGCAGCCGCCGGCGCUGUGGGCACCUUGGGUGUCACCACCCUCAUUGAACUUCGUCUUGUCGAGGCGAAGCGCUUCGUCCGUACCACCUAUCACCGCACCAACUCGGUCAAGGAGGCCAUAGAGCGCGUCCACACCGAGACCCUACGCCCCGAGAACGACUAUGUGGACGGAAUCCUCUUCUCUAAGGAUCACGGCGUUAUCAUCACUGGUUCCUUGACCGACGAAAGCCCCCCCGAAAACGUUAAACCACAGACGUUCAGCGGCGCCUGGGAUCCGUGGUUCUACCUCCACGUCCAAGAUCGCACCAAGUCCCUCCCUUCUUCUUCUUCUUCUUCUUCUUCUUCUUCUUCUUCUUCUUCUUCUUCUUCUUCCUCCUCUGACUCUCCGCCCCCGGUCGACUACAUUCCCCUGGCAGAAUACCUCUUCCGCUACGACCGGGGCGGGUUCUGGGUUGGUGCUGCCGGGUUCGACUAUUUCCGCUUCGUUCCCUUUACCCGCUUCUUCCGCUGGUUCCUGGACGACUUCCUCCACACCCGCAUGCUCUACCGUGCCCUCCACGGGAGCGGCGAGUCAGCCCGGUUCCUCGUCCAGGACCUCGCCCUACCCUACGCCAACGCUGAGAAGUUCAUCGACUUCACAGCCGAGAAGACCGGCAUCUGGCCCCUCUGGCUUUGUCCCCUGCAGCAGACCCUACCGCCCACCUUCCACCCGCACACGGGCGAACCCGCAAAAGAAGCGGCGGGCCACAAUGACAACGACAACAACGACAACAACAACAACAACAACGCCCGAGGCCCGAAAGGCAAGCAAAUGCUCAACAUCGGCCUCUGGGGCUGGGGCCCGCAAGACCCGGCCGCCUUCGUGGCGACCAACCGCGCCGUGGAGGACAAGCUCGCCGAGCUGGGCGGCAUGAAAUGGCUCUACGCCCACGUGUACCAGUCCGAGGACGACUUCUGGCGCGCCUAUGGCGGGAAGGCAUGGUACGACGCCCUGCGCGCCAAGUACGGCGCCGAGUCCCUGCCCACCGUCUACGACAAGGUGCACAUCGAUGGCGGCGCCCGCACAGAGGACCUCAAGCAGUGGCGACAGGCCUUCAAGUCGCGCUGGCCCUUCGCCGGCCUCUGGGGCAUCUGGAAGUCCAUCCGCAGUCGCGAUUACUAUCUUCAUCGGAACGCCCAGUGGAAGUACAAGGAGGGGACGGAGCACUCCACGCCAGACAAGCCAAAUUAAUCAGGACCUAUAUGCCCACCGCGAGUCCUUUCAUGCUUCAUUGAAGAUCUAGCCGCGGCUGUUUUGGUUAGGUUUCUAUCACAGCUCAACCAUUGUAACAUAGACCAACAUAUCCGAGCCCCACCAUCACUAAAAAGGCGUCAUGGUAGUAGAUAGA